CUGUUUUCGCAGCGCGAUGACGGGUUCGUAGCCGGCGUCACCGCGCGAACCCAUACCUCAACGAGCGCUCAUUCGUGCGCGCACCGAAAAUCCUAAGCACGGCCCCCCCAACAUGCCCGACAGCUCCUUCGAGGCCUACCGCCUGCUCUGGUGCUUCCAGGCGCUCGCGUCCGCGGCCAUCGGCGGCCGCUACGACGCCACGGGCCUCGCCCACGCGUCCCUCAUUGCCGUCGUCGCGGCGACGCCGUCGCGGCCGCUCUGGGCCGCCGCGGCCGCGGUCCGCGUCGGCGCGACGGUAUCCAAGGUGCCCGCGGUCUGGGACUCCAUGUACUGGCAGCUCAUGACGGACGCGGCGUUACUUUGGUGCCUCGCGACGAGCCAGCCCUUCUCGCGCCUCCAGGCCACGGUCCGCGCGCAGAUGGCCGUCUUCUACGCGGCGUCCGCGUUCUGGAAGCUGAACACGUCGUUCCUCGACCCGCGGACGUCGUGCGCCUCGGUCUUCGCCGCGCAGCACGCGGCGCUCUACGCCCCGGCGGCGGCGCCCUGGGCCGUCGCGGUCGCGCCCGCGGCGACGCUGGCCGUCGAGGCGCUCGUCGCGCUCGCGCUCGCGGCGGCGCCGCGCGCCGGCGGCGCGCUCGCGCUCGCGUUCCACGGCGCCAUCUGCGCGACGCCGCCGCCGAACAACGUCGCGACCUUCGCCCUGUCCGUGGCGCCCCAGCUCGCGCUCUUCGCGCCGCGCGUCGACGCCGCGCUCGUGCGGCCGGCGACGGCCGCGGCCGCGGCCGCGGCCGUCGCGACGCUGCGCGGCGCGACGGGCCCGCUCGCGCCCCAGCGCUGGGCGUCCGUCGCCUACGUCGCCCUGCUCGGCCCGAUCCUCCGGGCCCUGCGGCGGCGCGGCGGCGACGCGCCCGCGCGGCCGAACCGGGUCUUCGUCGCCGCCGCGCUCGUCUACGCGUCGACGCCGUGCCUCGGCGUCCUCGAGCUCGGGGCGCCGAACAUGUACGCGAACCUGCGGUCCCACGGCGGCGGCGGGAACCACCUGCUGCUGCCGACGGGCCUCCUGCCCGACUUCUUCCGCGACGCCGCGGGCUCCGUCUUCUUCGGCGGCGAGGUCGUCGUCGAGGCGACGACGUCCGCGUCGAUGCGCGACGCCUACCCCGGCGACCUCACGUCGACGCUCGAGCCGCCCGGCGUCGUCGACCUGCUGGGCGCCGCGGGCGCGCCGACGCGGUUCUUCAACGCCGCGAAGCGGCGGGUCCUGGGCUUCGACGGCGUCGCGCCCGCGGACCGCGCCUUCGCGCCCUUCGCCGUGCCGGCGCUCGAGCUGCGGCGCGCCAUCGCCGACGCGCGCGGCACCGGCGCCUUCGAGCUGACCUACGCGCGCGGCGACCGCCGCGUCGCGGUCUCGUUCGACCGCGGCGGCGCGGUCGCGCGGUGCCGCGUCGCGGAGCGGGGGCGGCGGCGGGACUGCGCGGACGACGAGGUCGCGCUGCUGCCGCCGCCGCCGUACUGGGCGCGGAAGCUCCUCCUGUACCUGCCCUACCCCGUCCUCGACGGCGACGGCGGCGAGUCGAGCUCGGGGACGUACCAGCGGCGCAAGUUCGUCUCCAAGGGGAAGCCCGGGGCGAGCCGCCUGAAGCACGUGAAGCUGUCGACGGUGCAGCAGGCCCUCGAGGACGACUCGACGGCCGUGGAGACGCUAAAGCGGGACGUGGCCGACUUCCAGCACCUCGAGCUCGAGACGAGCCGGCGCUACCUCGUGUCCCUCCAGAAGACCUACGACAAGCUGCGGAGCGAGGCGGACGCGCGCGAGGGCCAGCAGAAGGCGUACCAGGAGGAGCUCGUGACGCUCGACCGGCUCUGCACGGAGGCGCGCACGAAGCAGACGCACCCGAACCAGGCCGUGGCCCAGCUCAAGCACGAGAUCGAGCGCGAGGAGAAGGACGUCAAGGACGCGCUCGUCCAGAAGGACGUCUUCACGCACAUGAUCAAGCGCCUCAGCGACGACAUGCUCGCCGUGCGCCAGAGCGGCUUCGGCAUCAAGGAGCAGCUGGCGACCGUCGAGCGCGAGAUCGCCGCCUGCACGCUCCAGCUCCAGUCCGCGAAGCAAGAAUCCAAGCACGAGGAGGUCAAGCUCGCGAAGCUCGAGAAGCAGGUCAAGUCGCGGCGCAAGAUGCAGGAGGCGCGCCUCGCGGGCAUCCAGAAGGUCAUCGCCGAGCGCUCGUCCCUCGUGGAGAAGCAGGAGGAGCGCAUGCGCAUGCGCGAGGCCGUCAUGGCGCGGUCGAAGUUCGAUUUAGGCGCGCAGGAGGAGCAGCGGCUCAAGCGCAUGCACGUCAUCCGCAAGGUCUACUCGUCCAUGCUCGAGAAGAAGAUCACGGCCGAGGAGGAGAGCCUCGGCGCGUUGGAGACGACGUUCCAGAAGAUCAAGAUCGUCACGGGCCUGAGCGACGUCGACGAGAUCGUCCAGAAGUUCAAGGACCGCACGCACAAGACGCACCAGCUCCACCAGCUCGCCGAGGACGUGCGCGAGCGCAUCGACACGCUCCGCGAGGAGAACUCAAGGCUCAAGGAGCAGCUCCUCAACAUGCGGUCGAACAACGAGGCCAUCGCGGGCAACCGCGAGAUCUACCAGGAGAUGGACACGUUCAACAAGGGCCUGGGCAAGGCCCUGCGCCAGUGCGAGGAGGCCAAGGACCGCAAGGUGCGCUCCAAGGUCACGCUCGAGCAGCUCAAGCUCGCCGUCGCGCGCUUCCGGUCGAAGAUCGAGGGCAAGUUCUUCCCGACGCCGUCGAACGAGCAGCUCCCCGAGUACCUCCGCGAGCUCGACUCGAAGCUCACGGUGAAGAUGAAGGCCGUCUCGGAAGCCCUCGCCCUCGAGGACACGAACGGCUCCGUGUCGCCGAGCGGCCAGGGGCCCCAGGGCACCUACGGCGCCGCGGCCGUCGGCGGCGAGGCGGGCCUCAAGCCCGGGUCCGAGGUGCUCCUGCCCUUCGGCAAGCUCCAGUCCGAGAAGCUCCAGAAGAUGCUCUACCACAAGCUCAUGCUCACGAACCCGGACCAGGGCCCGCGCAACGUCCGCGUCCGCGCGCGGCCCUGCCUCCAGGACCUCGAGCGCUACACGCAGCGCAAGCUCAUGACGGGCGGCCUCGAGGACCGCUUCGACCUCGAGGACGACGUCUCCGAAUUCGCCUACCCGACCCAGGGCGGCGGCGGCGGCGGCGGCGCGCCCGCCGCCGCCGUCGGCGAGGACGAGGGCCUCGAGGGCGUCGCCGCGGCGUCCAAGGAGGACGAGCUCCGGGAGCCCGUCGUCGACCGCGACACGGUCAAGCGCCUCUCCAACCUCAUCAUCACGCGCGAGAACCCCAAGAAGGGCGGCGGCAAGAAGAAGCGCGACGAGUAG